AUGCCACCAAAAGCAUCUUCAUCGAAAAAGGAGCGACUUACACUUGCUCAAUUAAGUUCAUACGACGACAUUCUAACAGAUGCGCUUGUUGAUCAAGUUUACUACUGGACCAACAUUCGCAAAAAUCGCAUUGCAUACCAUUCAUCCCGUGGGGUUAGAGAGGAAGAUGUGACAAAAAUCCUCCAAAAUGCAGUCAUUGUCGAAAAGAACCCCGCAAAAGCAGAGGCGCAACUUUUAGCACUCUCGGGUCUCAAGAAAUUCCAUCAAAAUCUCAAUUCGGAGAAAGAGAAGGAGGAAUUUCGGCGCCAUCUGAGAAAGUACAUCAAUAUCUAUCUCCCAGAUUGCCCAUUCGAAGUUUCGAGCACGAAUCGGUAUACGGUUGUUACACACGAAGCGGCAAUUGUUGCACGGAGAGAGAUUAGAAAAGGAGAGGUGGUCAAGUAUCUUUGCGGAAUUCAAGUAAUAAUGACACCUGAGGAGGAAGCGCAUCUCGGUGUUAGUCGCAGAGAUUUUAGCAUUGUCAUCUCAAGCCGCAACAAGGCUGCAUCGAUUUUUCUCGGACCAGCUCGGUUCGCGAAUCAUGAUUGUGGCGCAAAUGCUCGUUUGCUGACCACCGGAAGUGCUAGAAUGGAGAUCGUUGCAGUUAGGGAUAUCGAAAUUGGGGAUGAAAUCACCGUCACAUACGGGGACAACUAUUUCGGCGAAGAUAAUUGCGAAUGCCUAUGCAAAACUUGUGAAGACAAUCGCCAAAAUGGAUGGGCCCAGGGCACCGAUGACGGUAAUGGGUCUAUUCCCAAAUUAUCGAUUGAAAAGGACCCGGCGCUCCUUGACGCACCCGGUUAUAGUCUUCGGCGCAGACGACCACUCGCUUCCUCAGCAUCUGAAUCACGAUCUGUAUCCAUGACACCUGACGUCAAUUUACGGCCACACGUACCAAAGUUGCCACCAAGGUCGGGCAGAUCAGCUUCGUCGACUAAAAAUGGACGCUCUGCUGCUAUGAAUUCACCUUCGUUGGGGUCAGCUCAUUUCGAAUCUCAGGGAGACGAACCCAAUGAGGAUGAUCAUCUAUCACCACCAAAACCAUCAAAGCGAAGAAGAGUACCUAGCGAGGAUGAUUUGCCAUCGAGCACCCCGAAAAGGCGGCGGGCAUCUCAAGAUAUUGAGCGUUCACCAUUGGGACUUUUGCAUGGGGUGAACAGAAGUGAUGUACUCAGAUCCCCCGAAUCAGAUAUACUCCAAGAAAGCCUUUUGGUUGAAUGGGGAGAACCUGCAACACCAGCAGUACCGGAACUAACGAUAGAUCGCGGAAGGUCUCGACCAUCAAGGUCAAGCACACUUAAGCGAAAGAGAGAUUCUGAGGAACCAAUGAUUUCUCCAUCAGAAAACACCAAGAGACUGAAUACUCAGUUGAUUGUUAAAGUGGAAGAGUUUACUCCAAACACAUUUUAUGGGAUUAACAGGGAUUCCGCCUUACCAAGUUCUGCCUCAGAAUCUAGAAGAGACAGUCUACAAUCCUCACCUUCAGGCGAAGGGAUAGGAGAAACCGAUGCGACGUCAGUUGAUGAAGAUACGAUUGUGGUGCAUGAUGUGAAACCUUCUUCCGCCGGUCCUAAACCUAAACGACAAGGUUAUGUGAAGAGAGGAAACCAUGGAGGUCGAAGACGAGGACCAUUAUGGGAGAAGGAAAAGUUGUUGAAGGGGAAACAUCCCAAAGAGAUACCAUUAGCGACCCGAAAAGUAGUCAGUGCUCCAUUAGAAGCUGUUCUUAUCAGUUCAAAUACCAGCAGGCAACAUCCAGCAUUGCAAGAGGAUGCAGAUUCAUCCGUGCUAUCUGAUCUUGAUUCCGAUGUGGAACUUGACGACUCAACGAUGACAAUCUCACAGAGGCACUCACAACCCAAGAUUCGACGACGUCGAAGAGGGGUAGUUGCACCACCAACCACAGAUAUUGAUCAUGCGCCCAAUGUACGAAUUCCCGGUGACUACGUACUUACACAUACACUUCUUGCCGAACCAGCAUCAGCAUGGAUCAACUGUAAGAUCUGUGAAGAACCCUUCGUCCAAAAAGACGCCUACUUUACGCGCUCCUCGUGUCCCAGAUGUGAACGGCAUAGUAAGCUGUAUGGAUACAUGUGGCCAAAAACAGACAAAGAGGGUAAACAUGAUGAGGAGGAAAGAGUCACGGAUCAUCGCACCGUUCAUCGCUUUAUCAAGCCUUCCGAGGAGAAGAUUAUUAGGAGGCAGAGUGGACGAGGGAGUACAGGAAGUCGAGAUGUUACAACGGAGGCCAGUGUGACUCCGGUAGCGACAGUCAGGGGUGAUGGGGAUAAAAAAUCAAAAGGGAAUACAUUAAAGGUUUAUGGGAGGAGGAGUGAGAGAAGUAGGAGAGAUAGAUAUACCAUGUAA